UUGCAGGCCUCCUUCAAAGGCGUUUUACAGAAGAGGAGAGAAAAUGGCCCACCGAUCUCUCAAUCUCUCUCAUAAUUUGUCAUGUCCCUUCAUAGGGUGGGUGGCUUUGUGAGUAUCCUCUCUUAAAAUGUGGCAAACAGAUGCAAAAUUUUGUCAUGGAUAGGAGAGAAAGAAUACAAGGGGGAUCCUAAAUUUGCAAUAAAGGAAGGAAACUGCCACCCAAUAUACAUAAAAAAGCUUUGGAGAAUGAAUGGUCUUUCACAUCUUCAGCCAGAUUACUCUGAUUUUGUUGAAGUUGAUCCAACUGGAAGAUAUGGCAGAUACAAUGAAAUUCUUGGCAAAGGAGCUUCAAAGACAGUUUAUAGAGCAUUUGAUGAGUAUGAGGGGAUUGAAGUUGCUUGGAACCAGGUCAAGCUCUAUGAUUUCCUGCAAAGCCCUGAAGAUCUUGAAAGACUCUACUGUGAGAUUCAUCUCCUCAAGACAUUGAAGCAUAAGAACAUAAUGAAAUUUUAUACAUCUUGGGUUGAUAUUGCAAAUAGGAACAUCAACUUUGUGACUGAAAUGUUCACUUCUGGGACUUUGAGGCAGUACCGGCUAAAGCACAGGAGAGUUAAUAUUAGAGCAGUGAAGCAUUGGUGUAGGCAGAUCUUGAGAGGACUUCUUUAUCUCCAUAGCCAUGACCCCCCUGUGAUCCAUAGAGAUCUAAAAUGUGACAAUAUUUUUGUCAAUGGAAAUCAAGGGGAAGUGAAGAUUGGAGAUCUUGGCCUUGCUGCAAUUCUUCGAAAAUCGCAUGCUGCUCACUGUGUUGGGACACCAGAGUUUAUGGCCCCAGAAGUGUAUGAAGAGGCAUAUAAUGAACUGGUGGAUAUUUAUUCUUUUGGGAUGUGCAUUUUGGAAAUGGUCACUUUUGAAUAUCCGUAUAGCGAAUGCACUCAUCCAGCUCAAAUCUAUAAGAAAGUUAUCUCUGGCAGAAAACCUGAUGCUCUGUAUAAAGUGAAGGAUCCAGAAGUAAGGCAGUUUGUGGAGAAAUGUUUGGCAACUGUAUCACUUAGGCUCUCAGCUAGGGAGUUGUUGAAUGAUCCAUUUCUCCAAAUUGAUGACCGUGAAUCCAAUUUUAAACCUGUAGAUUAUGGGCCAGAAUUAGAUGGCAUGGGUCCACUCAUAAGGCAACCUUACCUUGAAUUUCAUGAAAAUACUUAUCCCUACAAUAAUGGAUACUCAAAUGGCUAUAGCUAUGAUGCUGAAAGUGAAUUGGAAUAUCAUCUGGUUGAUUUCGAACACAGUGGAAUCGAGCUGUUCGAGUAUCAUGAUGAAGAACAUUCUGCAAAUGUUGACAUAAGUAUAAAAGGGAAGAGGAGAGAUGAUGGUGGAAUUUUUUUAAGGCUCCGAAUUACAGAUAAAGAUGGUCGCAUUCGAAACAUAUAUUUCUCUUUCGACAUUGAAACUGAUACUGCAUUGAGUGUGGCCACUGAAAUGGUUGCAGAACUUGAUAUUACUGAUCAAGAUGUGACUAAAAUUGCAGAUAUGAUUGAUGGUGAGAUUGCUUACUUGGUUCCUGAAUGGAGGCCAGGGCCAGGCAUAGAGGAAACACCUCGCUUUGCAAAUCAAACCUUCUGUCACAAUUGUGCUUCCAAUCGUACCUCUAAUGGUUCACUUAUAGAUUUACUAUCAAACAAUCCCUGUUGUAGGAAUGGAUGUGCUUCCAUGCACGGCCGAUUUGAAGAGAUAACAUUCCAGGCUGAUGAACCUGAGCAUCAUUUGACAGAAGAUGCUCCUAACAUACUGAGCCAUCCGGACUGCUUGCACUAUCAGGAAAUUUGGAGUCAACAUGAAAGCCGUGAACUUACUCCAGUGGGCUCUGGAAGAAGUCAUUCAGAUGAAGAAUAUGAAAGAGUUGAUCAACCAAUCUCAGCAAAGGAUGAGAAUAAUGUAAAGAUGGAAAAUGACUUCCAAUCUGAUGAAGGGAAGUCAAUUCGACACUUGAGAUGUUCUGGUUCUCUUUGCAGACUUUCUUCAUCGUGCAGUGACCUCUCAGACAGUAAUGAGAACAAAACCCAGCAAGAACUAAGAUGGCUUAAAGCAGAGUACCAUAACGAAUUGGCAAAACUUAGAGAUCAACAAUUAGGAAAUGUAUCGAAAUCUUCAACUUCUAGCAAUAGAUAUUGCAAACCAAGUAAUGCAAUGAAUUCAUUUCAAGAAAAUAGCAAUGGAGAUCUCUUCAAAUCUUUAGGCCAUGAGAAGUUCUAUUCUUCCAAUUUGCAUAUUGAUGUCAAUGCAAGGGCCCGAAAUUGCGGGGCAAUCAAGGAAUCCCCAAGAACAGGUGACAUGGUCACUGCCAAGAGUUUCUACAGUAGGUCAUUGCUUCCACACUCACUUCACAGGACAACGUCCCUCCCAGUUGAUGCUGUUGACGUAUAAUAUUUGUAAGACACUUAUUUUAGUUCUUUCACAAGUUCCAUAUUACACAGGCUUUAUCAUUCUUAUCCAAUUCACUUUUAUGAGGAGAGAGAACAAAUCUAUCCUCAAUGUGCUCAUGCCCUACUAGCCAGCCCAUAUACACUCACUUGUGCUGAUAUGGGCAUAUGUAAUUAUGAUGAGAGAUGCAAAGUCCUGGCUUCUGUAGAAUCUCAAAUGGAGAUGUGAUUCCAUGUAUAUUAUCUAUCUACUUGCCCCCAAAAUAGUAAAAUAGUGCACAAGAUGAUGUUGGAGAUGUAUAAGAAGAAUGAUUUGAGGUUAUGUAAGAUCUUUAGGUGCAGUGAACUGGUUGAGUAAUCCAUGCUUAUGACCUACUGGCUUUUGAACUACCGAAAAGGCACCGAUCAAUCAUUGAAAAUUGCUGGGGCUCCAGGUGUAAUGACUUAGUUGAAUUGGAGUCCCUGCAUAUGCCAUUGACCUUAAA